AUGGUAUAUUAUAAUACGCUUCAGGCAAUAGCAGCUUCGCAGAGGGACGCCUUCAACAAAAUAUUACAAUAUGCAAACAAAAAUAGACUCCCGGGAGGCUUAAAGGACCAAAUAUUGGCACACAUGCAAUUGAAGUUUAAGACUGCAGAGUUGCAGCAAGAAGUGCUACAAGAGCUACCUAAAACGAUAAGAUCCAGCAUUGCUCAGCAUCUUUUCCAAAACAUAGUUGAAACAGCAUAUUUAUUUAAAGGAGUUUCUGAUUGCUUGACUGAGCUCAUAAAAGUUUUUCAGUUUUUAUUCGAACUUCAAUCUGGAGGCAUGGCAGGAGAAAUAGGCAUGAUGUUUAAUAUUCCGCAACCUUUUACAGUGAGAAGUAGAGAGCUCUCCCAGGUCAUACGAAUCAAUCAUCACCACUUCAAGCAGAUGGUGCAACCAUUUAGUGACGAUGGGAAGGCAAUCAUGUACAACUAUAUUCAGUAUUUGAAGGGCCUCAAAGGCAAGGUGCUAGAAAAUAUAUCAUGUGUAACAGAAUUGUUGGAUGACCUUUAUGAUGAGCUAAAAUCUUUAGGCAAUACAAUUAGCGAACGAGAGAAUGAUGACUGUCACAAGAACAAAAUUCUGCCAGGAAGUCCCAAAGCUCUUCAAUAUCUUGCUUUAAACAAUGUUCUCGAGAAAAGGAUAACUAAGUUGAUUGGAGGCUUGUGUACGCAGAGAGAAAAUUCGAAAAAAGAGGAAGCAAGAUUCUCAUGGCUGACGGCUCAGGAGUAG